AUGGACGAGAUGAGCGAUAUGCUGGAAAAUAUCAAAUCCUCCAUUAUACGUUGGUGGAUAGCAAUCAGUGUUGAUAGACAACCUAAACCGAAUCCGGCACGAAUGGUCACAGUUCAAGAAUUACCAAUGUAUCCGGAUGAGACACCAUAUUAUAAAGAAGUUCAAGAGCUACCUAUGUCGAUAAAGAAAGAAAUGGCGCUGUUGCGACAAGUUGCUUUACGACGCUUUGGAGUUUUAGGGAUAUAUUUAAGCAAAAGUUUGCAGGAAUCCUAUCUUAAGGUUGGAGAAAAAUCGAAAAACAUUUUUAAUGCUGCCGAAGAAUUUAAACAGUUUUUGCAAGAAGAUUACGGAGUGUUACUGAAAGCAGCUGUUAUCACCGUUGGUGGUCUUACCGGUUUUUUUCUUGGUGUGAGAAAAUCAGUGUUUCGCCGAUUUCUGUAUUCUGGGAUGGGCCUAUUAACAAUGACUGCAUUUUGUUAUCCUUAUGAAGCAGUUGCUGUUACUCGCAUUGCAGUUGAGCACGGUAAAGUGGCUUGGGAUGAUUUUGUUCGAUCACCUGAACCUCAUGUAUAUUCUCCUCGAACGAACGAAUCUUCCGCUUCCGACUCAGAAUAA